AUGGCCUUAGGUACCAAGUUAAGUAAAGAAGAUAGUAACUUGUUUGAUCAACCAACAUUAUACAGGAGCAUUGUAAGGGGUGUGCAGUACCUUACUCACUCAAGACCUGACUUGUCUUUUGCCAUGAAUAGAUUAAGUCAGUUCUUACAAUAUUCUACCAUUGCUCAUUGGAUAGCAUGCAAAAGGGUUCUAAGGUAUAUUAAAGGCAUAAGUAAGCAUGGAUUGAUCUUUCGGAAAAAUCAAAAUUUUCUGUUAGAAGGAUAUGCAAAUGCUGACUGGGCGAGUGACAUAGGUGACCGAAGAUCAACUUCUGGUUAUAGAAUUUUUCUAGGUGGUAACCUGGUGCAAUGGUGUUCUGGGAAGCAAAGAGCAGUGGCCUUGUCCUCCACAGAAGCAGAGUAUAGAGCUCUGAGAGCUCUAUCUUCAAACCUUGCAUUCCAUGCUAGAACCAAAUACAUUGAGAUAGAUGAUCAUUAUGUACGAGAAUUAGCAGCUGAAAGAAAGUUGUGUGUACAGUAUGUUGCGUCUGAGUAA